AUGAGUGAAUCAAACGCCAAAGCAGGUUCAUGGGAUAUUCUGGAACCAAGAUUAAGUCCUUUUGUUAUGGAAGCCUUGGCUGCCGCGAAUUUUUCUGAAAUGACUCCUGUACAAGCAGCCACUAUUCCCUUGUUUAUGAAGCAUAAAGAUGUUGUUGUCGAGGCUGUAACUGGCUCUGGAAAAACUCUUGCAUUUGUUAUUCCGAUCAUUGAAAAAUUGUUUCGUCGAAAAAAUCGAUUGGCACAAAAUGAGAUAGGGGCACUGGUCAUAACACCUACAAGGGAAUUGGCACAGCAAAUAUCAUCAGUGUUUUCCAUCUUUCUUGACGAUCAUAAGCCAAGACAUGCACUUAUAAUUGGUGGUACUACUACUAUUCAUGACGACAUUGCUCUCAUUAGAGAUUUAGGUCCGGAUAUUAUAAUAGGAACUCCUGGAAGACUACAGGACUUGUUAGUUGGAAAUGGAAACACAAAAAGUCCAGUUAAUACUAAGGAAUUAGGCAUUUUGGUGUUAGAUGAAGCUGAUAGGCUACUAGACAUGGGCUUUUCACAAACAUUAAAUGACAUUAUUGCUCAUUUACCCAAACAAAGAAGUACUGGACUAUUUUCAGCAACAAUGACUGAUGGACUCGCAGAAGUCGUUCGCGUAGGAUUACGAAAUCCCAUAAGAAUAGUGGUCAAAGUCGAAAAUAUCAUAUCUAAAGUUGAACAACGCACGCCCGCAACGCUUCAUAUUAGAUAUAUUGUUUGUGAGCCACAACAAAAAUUGGCGCAAUUAUUACGGCUGAUAUCAAGAGAAACCAUUGCAAAGAAAUAUAUAGUGUAUUUUGCAACUUGUGCGUGUGUUGAUUAUUUUUAUAAGAUAUUUUUGAAACUACCACAAUUAAAGGGAAUAUCAAUUUACUCAUUUCACGGUCAAAUGGAUACAAAACGGCGAAUAGCCACAUAUCAAGCAUUCGUUAACCUUCCGCCCAUAUCACCUGCAUUACUUCUGUGCACUGAUGUUGCCGCAAGGGGUUUAGACGUUCCUGAUGUAGAUUUUGUUAUACAAAUGGAGCCACCUCAGGAUCCUAAAGUUUUUGCUCACCGAUGUGGCAGAACAGCGAGAGCGGGAAAAGAAGGAAAAGCCAUUUUUUUUUUAGGGAGAGGAAGGGAGGAGGUUUAUGUAGGAAAACAACCAUAUAUUUUACCCGAAGUCAAUGAAUCUGUCGUAAAAACUUCAUUUUCAAACGAUGAUGCUUCUGUCGUUGAUGAGGAAAACGAUAUUCUUCUGGAACAAAUUCAGAGUAUAGUUUUGACUGAUCGAGAUCUUUAUGAUAAAGGAAUUAGAGCUUUCGUUUCAUAUAUUCGUUUCUAUUCUAAACACGAUUUAAAUUAUAUAUUUCGAUUGAAAGACCUCGAUUUAGGAAAAGUUGCAAAAGGAUUUUGCCUAAUACGGUUGCCUAAGAUGCCGGAGCUAAAAAAUUAUAAUAUAAAAUUUGAAGAAGUUCAUGUUAAUAUGGAUGAAUACAAAUAUGCGGAUAAAGCGCGUGAAAAAAGUAGAUUGCUGAAAUUAACAGAAGAAAAAUCAAAUCUAAAUUCACUUCCAGAAAAGAGACAAUUACGAAAAGUGCCUAAGGGUCCAUGGUCAAAAAAGGCUGUCUCAAAACAACGAAAACUAGAACGGAAAAUUAAAAAAGAGAAAAAGAAAGAAUACGUUAAAAAAAGGAAGGCAGAUGAGACGAUUGACGAGUUUUCUGAGAAAAAGGUUAAGAGAGAUGAGGAUGAAGCCACAAACAACAGCAUUGAGGAUGAAUGGGAUGAAUUGCAAAAAGAGAGAAAAUUAAUAAAGAAAUUGAAAAGUGGAAAAAUUAAUCGUGAAGAGUUUGAUCAAGAGAUGGCAUCGAUAACAGAAAAAGA